CCCUAUCUCCCGUUACACAACUCCGUCAGUUCAGUAGCUGUCAGCAUGCUGUGCAGGGCCGCACUCAGAAGCUUGUUGGCUGCGGGUAGUUGUGGAAAUGGCCCGGGCGUCAGGGCCUGUUAUGGAGACUGGAAAGGGAGCGUUAUUCAGAAGCUGCCAGAAGAUUCAGAUCUUAGACCUUUGUAUAUGGAUAUUCAGGCGACAACACCAAUGGAUCCCAGAGUCCUGGAUUGCAUGUUGCCGUAUAUGGUUAACUUCUAUGGAAACCCUCACUCAAGGACUCAUGCAUACGGAUGGGAGACAGAGAAGGCAGUAGAAAAAGCCAGAGAACAAGUCGCUUCACUGGUAGGGGCAGAUCCCAGGGAGAUCAUCUUCACUAGUGGUGCCACAGAAUCCAACAACCUUGCACUGAAGGGAGUUGCCAGAUUCUACAAGUCACGGAAGAAACACAUCAUCACUACACAGACUGAACAUAAGUGUGUCUUGGAUUCCUGCCGGUCCUUAGAAGGAGAAGGAUUUGAGGUUACCUAUCUUCCUGUGCAGAAGAAUGGGCUGGUGGAUUUAGAGGUUCUUGAAAAAGCCAUACGCCCAGACACGAGCCUGGUCUCUGUGAUGGCCGUGAACAACGAAAUUGGAGUUUGUCAGCCCAUAGAAGAUAUAGGAAGGAUAUGCAGCUCGCGAAAGAUUUUCUUUCACACAGACGCUGCACAGGCUGUGGGUAAAAUUCCUAUUAAUGUGAAUCAAAUGAAGAUAGAUCUUAUGAGUAUAAGUGGACAUAAAAUCUAUGGACCCAAAGGAAUUGGAGUAAUUUACGUCCGUCGGCGUCCCAGAGUCCGCCUGGAGGCCUUAAUAAGUGGUGGGGGACAAGAGAGAGGUCUGAGAUCCGGAACUGUUCCAGCUCCUCUUACUGUAGGCAUUGGAGCUGCCUGCGAAGUGGCUGAGGAAGAGCUAUUGUAUGAUCACAGGAGAAUCAGCAUUCUUGCAGACAGACUAGUAAAGAAUAUAAUGAACAAACUUCCAGAUGUUGUUUUAAAUGGAGACCCUAAGCAUCGAUAUCCAGGUUGUGUUAACUUAUCCUUCGCUUAUGUUGAGGGAGAAAGUUUAUUGAUGGCUCUGAAAGAUGUUGCACUCUCAUCUGGAAGCGCGUGCACGUCCGCAUCGCUAGAACCAUCCUAUGUGUUGAGAGCUAUCGGAGCAGAUGAGGAUUUGGCUCAUUCAUCAAUUAGAUUUGGAAUUGGAAGAUUCACGACAGAGGAAGAAGUUGAUUACACUGUUACGAAAUGUAUUCAAGAAGUAAAACGACUUCGUGACAUGAGCCCACUGUGGGAGUUGGUACAGGACGGUGUUGACUUGAAGACCAUACAGUGGACCCAGCAUUGAUCAGUGAAGUGACCCUACACUGCAUUAGUGGCAUUUAGAGGAAAUGUCCUCCUUGCAAUUCCAUGGCUUCUGUUACAAUACAGCUGUUAACUUGUCUUUUAGUAGAAGGGCUUCAUAACCUAAACACGUUUUCUUCUGGUUUACAAUACUUUGUGUUAAGCAGGUUUUUUUUAGCAAUAGUGCUAGGUUAUCUGAGUAAGCUCUUCUAUCAAACAAUUCUCUCUUACUCUCUUUAAUGGUAAAUAAGUUGAGAAAGAACACUAUGUAUUGGCGCACAGGGUACUGUUAAGGGAUUUGGAUUUUUUUUUUAUCUGGAUCACUUCUAAAAUGAAAAUGGUUUUAGCCAGAAGGUUGAAAUUCCCUAAACCAAAAAAAACAAAAAAACUGAAAUGAUUAAAUUAUAUAAUUUACUUAAUAUCCCUUUAGUGUCUGUUGUAUUAAAGGGACAUCCACAUGAAAGUAUUCUAUUUAAAAAUAAAAAAAAAAUGUAUGCAAAAGGUAAAAUUCUAUGCAAUAGACUGGUCAGUGGAUAAGGACAGCAAACGUUUAGAAAAAUCUUUAAAAACAAACUUGCCAAAAAAACUGUAAACAUUAUUUGAUUAUUUUUGAGCUGUGUAAGUAUAAGUUAGGGCAUAUGUACAUCUUGAGUUUUUUUUUUUUUAAGAAUGCAUCAUUUUUUCCCUAUCUUGCCAUAUUUAUAUGCAAGAAGUGGUUGAUAAUAUUGAGGUUUUAAGACCGGUAAUUUAAUCUGUAUUGUCUCUUAAUUUCAGAUGCCCAGUUCUUUAACAGAAAACCUACCUUAACUUGAUUGACCAAUAUAUGUGUUUUAUUUAAAGGGGCAUCAUACUCCUAUGCUAAAUCACUUGAAAGUGAUGCAGCAUAACUGUAAAAAGCUAACCUGAAAAUAUCACCUGAACAUUUCUUUGUAAAAAGGGAAGUUAUUUUACCUUAAAAUUUCUUCAGUUCACCAGAGUAAGUGAUCUGUGAACUGUCAGAGUUGCUGUAAACCUGUAAGUUGAAGAGAAAAAAAAACACCAUAGCCAAUCAACAUCAGCAAUGAUGAGGUCUUUCAUUGCUUUGAUCUCAUGAGAUUUCACUUAAACUUCCUUAAACUGAAUAGGAAAAUAACAUGACAGUGCCUGCACAUCCCAGGUGCACACUCCCUUGGAAGUCCUGGGACUAAAGUCUCUUUACAGUUGGGUGUGAAUACGUAGGACAUGUAAAGUAAAUAGCUUCCUUUCUUACCUAGAGAUGUUCAGGUGAUAUUUUCAGCUUUUUACAGCUAUGCUGCAUCACUUUCAAGUGCUUCAGCAUUUGUGUAUCAUGUCCCUUUAACUUUCUAGUGCAUUUUCAAGCAGUUGUUUUCUCACAAACAAAAACAAAAAAAGUGCUUAUAACAGUGGGUAAUGGCUUCUAAACCAAAUCAUUCUUCUGAUGUAUAGCAUUUUUUCAGCUCAAUUUAUUAUGCUAAAAUACAGCAUGGAACACUUUGUAUAUCAUUUCCUUCCUAAGAUAGGGAGAAUCCAUGGCUUCAUUCCUUACUGUUGGGAAAUACAACACCGGGCACCAGGAGGAGGCAAAGACACCCCAGCCAAAGCCCCAAAUAUCCCUCCCACUUCCUCAUUACCCUAGUCAUUCUUUGCCUUUCGUCACGAUAGGAGAUGGCAGAGAAGUGGCAGAAGAUUCAGAGAGUGCUGAAAAAAGGGUAUCUGCCCUUCGAGAUUGAUAGGACUGGAGUUUUAAGUAGUCAUGUCAACCUUUCAGUGAGAGUAUUGAUGAAAGUUAGAGUCUGGAGAUGCAGGGAACUUUUUCUGCAAAACAAUCCAGACUACUGCUAACAGCUCCUAAGCAAUCAGUGUUGACGAGUUUCACUGCCUGCUUUCUCUCACUCAAGUCCAUGUCAGGAGCGCUGCAAUAAGACUGUCACAUUUGAGAGGCUGUGUUCUGUUCCACAGCAUGGAUCCUGGAGGUAAGAUUGUUUCAAUUUUUUACACAAAAAAUUCUAUAGCAGGGUCAAAGUGUGGCUCCUUUAUACUUUGAUAGGAUCCAGGGUUAAUAUCCUCUGAGGGGGAUUUAUUGAACAGUUGGGGUUAAUUAAUCAGUGUAUUAAUUAAUCAGUGUAUUAAUUAUUUAAGUGCUGCUUUGUGUGAUUUUAUUUUCUGGGCUCAUAGACUGUGUGUUUUGGCUGGAACAAACAGGUUUCACUUUCGUUUUUGAAAGUGUUGCACAGCUCCUAUUAACUUGCUGUACUUUACGUAGCAUGUGGUCUAUGUUCAUUUCCUCCAUUCCGGGUGAGACUUCAACCUGAGGAGAGGGUUUCCUCUGUUAACUGUCUGGGUCUAGGAGGUGGUGAGUGCCCCAGCCAUUGGGAGUAUAUAAAAAAAAGUUUUUAUUUGUGUCCUUCUGUGGGUAUCACCUGAGCUAUUGAGGACUCUGACAUGUUAGAAGGUACUUCUUCUGAACUAAAUCAUACCUGUUUAUAUUGUGAAUAGGCCGUGGUUUUCCCAUCCACUCAAUUAUGUUCCAUAUGCCUUAACGUUAUAAAGUCUAAGAAGGUAGACAAGCCUGCUAAGGCUCUUAGUCCCUCUGAGCCGUCUACUCGGCGUCCCAUGAGAUUUCUACCUUUGCUAUAUUAUCCACUCCACAUGCAGUUCCCCGUAGCACUUCUAAUCCUCCAUCCGGAGGGGGCCUUCUGCUGAUUUUGCCGCACAGUUACAAAUGGCAGUGUCUGCGGCCCUCAGUACAGUACCUCGCUCUAACAAACGCAAGAGAAAGGUUAAACAUAGCUGUCCUGACCCAGAGUCAUCUAAAUAUUUGUCGGAUUUAGCUAUUAUGUCCCAGUUAUCCAAUGAGUUAACCUCUGUAGCUUCCUUCCUGUGUUGGUUAAAAUGGCAAACAUUUUUAACAAUGAAUGGGAAAGAGUUGUAUCUUCCUUUUCCCCCUUUUUUUUAUUUUUUUUUUUAAAAGUUGUUCCUGGUCCCGAACUCUCAACUGGAUUUGUGGGGCCCCACUCCUAAGGUAGAUGGUGCUAUCUCUACGCUUGCUAAACGUACUACUAUACCUUUUGAGGAUAGUUCUUUGUUCAGAGAGCCGAUGGAUAAGAAAAUGGAAACCUUUCUGAGAAAGAUGUUUCAACAUACAGGAUUUUUAUUUCAACCUGAGGCUGCAGUUGCCAUGGUUGCCGGAGCAGCUACAUACUGGUGCGACUCUUUGUCGGAACUCAUUGAGGUGGAGUCUCCCCUCAAGGAUAUUUAAGACAGAAUUAAAGCUCUGAGAAUUGCUAAUUCUUUUAUCUGUGAUGCGAACAUGCAAACUAUUUGCCUAAAUGCAAAGGCCUCUGGCUUUGGGGUCCUAGCCCGCCAGGCACUCUGGUUGAAGUCUUGGUCUGCGGAUAUGACUUCUAAGUCCUGACUCCUUUCUCUUCCCUUCAAGGGAAAGAUUUUAUUUGGUCCAGACCUGGACUCCAUUAUUUCUACAGUUACCGGAGGCAAGGGUGCCUUCCUAACACAAGAUAAGAAGAACAAGGGUCGACAAUCUUAUAAUUUUCGGUCUGACAAAUACCAACGACAUCAAUCCUCUUCCAAGCCUGAGCAACCCAAGAGUACUCAGUUCUGGAAUAAAUCCAAGUAGAAUAAGAAACCCGCCGUAAACAAAUCGGCAUGAAAGGGCAACCCCCGAUCCGGAUCGUGUAGGAGGCAGACUGUCUCUUUUUUCAGACGCUUGGUUCAGGGACGUACAGGAUCCGUGGGUCCUGAAGGUGGUACUCAGGGAUACAAGAUAGGCUUCAAAUCUCAUCCGCCCAGGGGCAGAUUCCUUCUCUCGAACCUGUCUACAGACCAGAAAUAAAAAGAUGCCUUUCUAGGGUGCGUUCGGGACCUAUCCUUCUUAGGAGGAAUUUUCUCAGUGCCUAUCCGAAGAAAGAGGUUUGGGGUUUUAUUCAAACCUUUUCGUGGUCCCAAAGAAGGAGGGAACUUUCCGCCCAAUUCUGGACCUAAAGUGGUUAAACAAAUUUCUCAGUGUCCCUUUCUUCAAGAUGGAGACAAUUAAGGUCCAUCCUUCCUUUUAGUGAAGGAAGGCCAGUUUAUGACCACUAUAGAUCUGAAGCACGCUUACCUUCAUGUUCCAAUCCACAGGGAACACUUUCAGUUCCUGAGGUUUCCAUUCCUGGACCAGCACUUCCAGUUCAUUGCCCUUCUGUUUGGCCUAGCUACUGCUCCAAGAAUCCUUACAAAGGUUCUGGAGGCUUUUCUAGCUGUUGCCAGAACUCAGGUUAUUACAUUUGCCCUAUACUUGGACGAUAUUCUGGUGCAAGCACCAUCUUGUCGUCUUACGGAAGAAUACUCGGAGUCCCAUCUCAGUCUUCUUCGAUCACAUGGAUGGAAGAUAAACUUGGAAAAGAGUUCUCUUAUCCCAAGUACCAGGGUGGAAUUCCUGGGUACUAUAAUAUACUCCAUAUCCAUGAGGAUAUUUCUAACAGACCAGAAGCGUUGCAAGCUAACUUCGUCAUGUCUUGCCCUCCGGGCUUCUUUGAGUCCCUCUGUGGCUCAGUGUAUUGAGGUGAUUGGUCUCAUGGUGUCCUGCAUGGACAUCAUUCCUUUUGCCAGGUUUUGUCUCAGACCUUUACAACUGUGCAUGUUGAGACAGUGGAACGGCGAUCAUUCUGAUCUGUCUCUACAGAUUGUAUUAGACAGCCAGUCGAGAGAAUUGCUCUCUCUUGGUGGUUCUGUCCCGAUCAUCUGUCCCGAGGGACGUGCUUCUUAAGACCAUCCUGGGAGAUUGUGACUAUGGACACAAACCUAUCCGGAUGGGGAGCGGUUUGGGGACACGAUAAAUUUUGGAACUACGGGUAAUCUUCAAUGCCUUGAAGGCUUGGCCACUUCUAGGUUUGUCCCAGUUUAUCAGAUUCCAAUCGGACUAUAUAUCCUCGGUGGCUUACAUCAACCAUCUGGGGGGAACGAGAAGUUCAUUGGCAAUGAAGGAAGUAUCUCAGAUUCUGGAGUGGGCGGAGGCCCGCAGCUGUUCGCUGUCAGCGAUCCACACUUUCCGGGUGUGGACAACUGGGAGGUGGAUUUUCUCCCAGGCAAUCCUUCCACCCAGGGGAAUGGUCUCUCCAUUUUAAGGUGUUUGCAGAGAUAUGCAGCAAGUGGGGGACACCAGAGAUAGAUCUCAUGGCAUCCCAUCUCAAUACCAAGCUACCCUUGUACGGUUCAAGGUUGAGGGAUCCCCAAGCGGAUAUAAUAGAUGCACUAGCAGUGCCCUGGAGGUUCAAACUGAUAUAUCUUUUUCCUCCAUUUUCUUCUUCGAGUGGUGGCCCGAAUCAAGCAGGAGCGGGUAUCCGUAAUCCCGAUUGCUCCAUCGUGGCCGUGAAUGACGUGGUUCGCAGAUCUAGUGGGGAUGUCCUCAUCUUCUCCGUGGAAAAUACCUUGUCGCAGAGACCUGCUGUUACAAGGUCCAUUUGUUCAUCAAAAUCUAGAUUCUCUAGAGACUGACUGCGUGGAGUCUUAACAAAGAGAGGUUUCUCUGAGAGUGUCAUUGAUACUCCUAUUCAUGCUCGUAAACCAGUGACUCGGUGUAUCUACCACAAAGGGUGGAGGACCUACUUAUUCUGGUGUGAAGAGCGUGGUUUUUCCUGGCACAGAGUUAAGGUUGCCAGAAUCUUAUCUUUUCUCCAGGAUGGACUAGAGAAGGGCCUUUUUGGCCAAAUUUUGGCCCUGUCUGUUUUUUUUUUUGCACAAGAUACUGGCUGAGCUUCCAAACGUGCAGUCCUUUAAGGCUCUGAUUAGGAUCAGACCUGUGUUUAGAUCUUGGGCUCCUCAUUGGAGCCUAAAUCUUGUUCUUCGUGUUUUGCAAUAGGCUCCGUUUGAGCCUCUGCAUUCUGUUGACAUUAAAUUGUUAUCUUGGAAGCUUCUCUUUUUAAUGAUUAUUGCCUCUGCGUGCAGAGUUUCUAAGAUCUCUGCUUUGCGAUGUGAGUUCCCUUAUCUGCUUUUUCAUGCAGAUUAGGCAGUUUUUCGUACUAAAUUAGGUUUUCUUCCUAGAGAUUGUGGUACCUUCCUUGUGUCCUAGUUCUUCUUCAGUAAAGGAACGUUUACUUCACCAUUUGGAUGUGGUUUGCGCCUUGAAGUUCUUUCUUCAAGCUACUAAGGAGUUUAGCCAAUCUUCCUCUUUGUUUGUUGUCUAUUCGGGGAAGCAUGAGGAGCAGAAGGCUACUUCGACUUCCCUAUCUUUUUGGUUAAGGAGUGUCAUGCACUUAGCUUACGAGACAGUGGGACAUUAUCCUCCUGUGAGGAUAACGGCUCAUUCCACUAGAACAGUGGCUUCCUCUUGGGCUUUUAAGAACGAGGCCUCUAUGGAUCAGAUUUGUAAGGCGGCUACCUGGUCCUCCUUACAUAAUUUUUUCAAAUUUUUACUAGUUUGAUGUCUUUGCUUCGGCUGAAGCAGCUUUCGGGAGAUAAGUUUUGCAGGCUGUGGUGCCAUCAGAAUAGGGUCCGCCUCUUCCUCUUUGUUCCCUCCAGUUAUUCAUUCAGUGUCCUCUGGAGCUUGGGUAUAGUUUUCCCAACAGUAAGGAAUGAAGCCGUGGACUCUCCCUAUCUUAGGAAGGAAAACAUAAUUUAUGCUUACCAGAUAAAUACCUUUCCUUCCGGAUAGAGAGAGUCCACGGCCCCUGCACGUUUUUUCUUGUCUAAGGAGACCUCCUAUUAUUUAUCUUAUUCUUCUGGCAACAUUUAUACCCUGAUAUUUCUCCUACUUUUCCUCGUUCCCUUGGCAGAAUGAUUGUGGUAAUGAGGAAGUGGGAGGGAUAUUUGGGCCUUUGGCUGGGGUGUCUGCCUCCUCCUGGUGGCCGGGUAUUGUAUUUCUGAACAGUAAGGAAUGAAGCUGUGGACUCUCCCUAUCUGGAAGGAAAGGAAUUUAUCUGGUAGGCAUAAAUCUAGUGCAGUCAGCUGCAUCUAGGUUGAAAACAAAUUUGUCUUUGGUACCACAAAAUAUCAUACAUAAUACACACAAUUGAUUGUACAGUUUUUUUCUAGCCUAUGUAUAAUAAUUUUUAAACAAACUAAGAUAUUGGUCUUGUAUAGGACAAAUUACUUGCCAUCACCACUUAAAGGGACAUUAAGCUUCUGAGUACAACUACAGCAGCUGGACUACUAUUCACCAUGCUAUAUGUUAUCCUCCUGUACCUGCAUCUCUCUUUAAAGAUGUUCUCUUAUUUUAACCCCUUAUAGAAGCCAGUUGAUAAAGCUCUGCAUCUUUAUAGUGGGCACUGCCAUCUUGGUAGGCUAGUAAUAUUGCAUUCUGUGGCAUAAGCAGUGCACUUUUAUGGAUCAGUGACAACAUUGCUGGCUUUUUGACAGUAUUACCUUGCACUUUGGGUUAGCUCGUACAAUAGGAAGCAGAAGCUUUACAUUUUUUGCAGUUCAUUUUACAUGCUUAAAAGUUGCACAACAAAUAUCGGUGUUCUCCACAGAAGCUUUUGCUAACCGUUUAGCAUUAUGAAGUAGCUGGGUGGGGGCAGUGUAAUACUUUGCAAUAUUAUAACAUUUGCUGUUAUUUCUUAAUGUCACUCAAGCUAUAAAAAUAACAGAUUAAUUGCAUAAUUUAACAAAAAAUAAUAAAUUAAUUAUAAUUUGUGCAACACACAUUUAAAUAAUUUAAUAUUUUAGUCUAAAGGGACAUGAAACCCAAAUUUUUCUUUCAUUAUUUAGAGCAUACAGUUUUAAGCAACUUUCUAAUUUACUUAUAUUAUCUAAUUUGCUUCAUUCUCUUAGUAUCUUUUGUUUAAGAAGCAAUGCACUACUAGGAGCUAGCUGAACGCAUUGGGGGCGCCAAUAAAAUGAGGGAUAUAAGUGCAGCCACCAAUGAGCAGCUCCAGAGCCUACCUAGGUAUCCCUCAACAAAGAGAAAACAGAUAAUAGAAGUAAAUUGGAAAGUUGUUUAAAAUCACAAGCUCUGUCUAAAUUAUGAAUGAAAACAUUUGGGUUUCAUAUCCCUUUAAAGGGACAUUCUAGCUUAAAUUUUUUUUUUUUUUUUUAUAGAAGUUACAAAUUAAUUUUCAAUGAGAUAUAUAUAUAUAUAUAUAUAUAUAUCAAAUUAGUGAAACAUAAAAUAAUGUUUUCAACUAAAUGCCUUUUUCAAGUCCUCAAUAGAUUUUUUUAAAACGCCCUUCAUGAAAAACCUCAUUUUUAGUCUUUUGUAUGCUGUUGUUGUAUGUAAAUUAGAUACUAUAAACCCGAGUGUGCGUGCUUGUUAAUGUGUUUUAGCUAUAGUUUUUCUUCAUUUCAAUUGCGCUCUAUACCAGGAAGUGCUACAUAGUUUAGUUCUUCACCGAUCUCAGAUGCUUGAUUUAUGCAUACAUAAAUGUUAAAUCUGUGAUAAAUUGAGCUGCGUGUGUGAUUUUGUGUUUAGGUUUGUGAGAGAAGAGCUGUUGCUAUAUUAUUUGCUUACUUCCACGGAGCUCUCCCUGCGAGUGAAGGGACAGCCUCUGUAUACAAAAGUGGUAUAUGUCUGUUAGGGACUGUAUGCGCUGAGAGUUAUCUAUUGGCUCAGUGCAAAAAUUGAAAAAUAAAAAAUGUGAGGUGGAAAGUAUUGUUUUUUUACGCUAUCAAUAUCCAUACAAAAUCUGAGUAAUAAAAAUAUAGUGAGAGAAAAAUCUGAAUUAUAAAAAAGUAAUAUAGUAAUACUUUUUAUGAAGAUUUAUGUCCCCAAAUAAAUAUAUAAUAUUUCAAACAA